GCAGAUCGACAGAUCUACCAAUUCACUCGAAGAACAAUGGCCUUCAAGUUCGUAGUCCUCGCCGCCCUCGUGGCCGCCGCUAAUGCCGGCUUCAUCCCAUCUGCUCCUGUAGCUUAUGCUGCAGCACCAGUAGCGGUGGCUCCAGUAGCUAAAGCUGUAGUAGCUAAAGCUGUUGAUACCGAUUUCGACCCACAUCCCCAAUACAGUUACGCUUAUGAUGUCCACGACAGCUUGACUGGAGAUGCCAAGAGCCAACAUGAGACUCGUGAUGGUGAUGUCGUUCAGGGUAGCUACUCUCUUCUCGAAGCUGAUGGCUCUAGACGCACCGUCGACUACACUGCUGACCCCGUAAAUGGAUUCAACGCCGUUGUACGCAAAGAACCUGCCACCGUUGCCGUCAAAGCCGUAGCAGCUGCUCCAGUAGCUCACGUUGCAACCCCAGUCGCCCAUGUCGCCCAUGCUGCUCCUCUGACCUAUGCCGCACCAGUAGCCAAAUUCGCUGCAGCUCCCAUCGCCCACGCCGCUCCCCUUGCCUACGCCGCACCCAUAGCUAAAUUGGCAACCCCUGUUGCGUACGCACAAGCACCCCCGGCCUUCUACCACUGAACCGAUCUCUUCACUCGUCUCUUGUUAGGAAUAAUGUUUGAUCAAU